UCCAUCUCUUGAGCCCCGAAGAAAACCCCCCUCCCCUUCGGACUCCAUAUCUCUUUUGACUCUAUAUAUGUGGGCACCUGAUAUCUAUGAGGGUUCGCCCACCCCGGUUACAGCAUUCCUUUCUAUUGUGCCUAAAAUCUCUAUUUCUGCUAAUAUUUCACGUGUUUCUAUUUAUGGUUCCUAUGGAGCUACAUUGCAACAAAUCUUCUUUUUCUGCAGCAUUGCUUCUAUGAUCUUAGGAGCACUGGCCGCCAUGGCCCAAACGAAAGUAAAAAGACCUCUAGCUCAUAGUUCAAUUGGACAUGUAGGUUAUAUUCGUACUGGUUUCUCAUGUGGAACCAUAGAAGGAAUUAAAUCACUACUAACUGGUAUCUUUAUUUAUGCAUUAAUGACGAUAGAUGCAUUCGCUAUAGUUUUAGCAUUACGGCAAACCCGUGUCAAAUAUAUAGCGGAUUUGGGCGCUCUAGCCAAAACGAAUCCUAUUUUGGCUAUUACCUUCUCCAUUACUAUGUUCUCAUACGCAGGAAUACCCCCGUUAGCCGGCUUUUGUAGCAAAUUCUAUUUGUUCUUCACCGCUUUGGGUUGUGGGGCUUCCUUCCUAGCCCCAGUGGGAGUAGUGACUAGAGUUAUAGGUCGUUGGGCGAUUGGAAGGUUGCCACGAGUAAGUAAGUGGGGACCGAAGGCAGUUCUCCUUGCACCGGACACGUAGCUUACUGAAUUAGUUGCGACACGGAUGGGAAUGCAUGCUACGAAAGAUAGGAUCGAGUCUGAUACAUCAACCGUCUGCUCAAUAUCCUUGUACGAGUCCACAAUCACUACACGAGAUGAACCUUGGUUUGGUGAAUUGAAGUUGGCCUUAGGUGUAAUAGGACUCCCAGUUACUGCGUGCGAUCGUAUACUGAGGUGCUCCCCGCCGGUUGUUGGAACGACGCAAGCCGGGCCGAGCCUCGGUUCAGAAAGAUGUAGAGCCCAAAAGUAUAAAUAGGGGGUUACAAAUUAUCCAUCUCAUUGGGGGCGGAAAACGAAUAGACAUCUCGAUGUGAUACAACCUUUUCUAUUUUAGUUGGGAAAGAACAGCGAAGUCCAUCCGAACCGUCCAAUGAAGAAUAAGAGGAGAGCAAAGCGCCAAUGGCGUGCGAAGCGCAUGCGGAACUGGCAUGGAGAAAAAUAAGUGUGGAGAAGAAGCAGCCGAGCUCAUUCCCUUCGCUUCCUGGGCCCAAAGCAGUGUAGUCUUUCCUGGCCAAAUCAAGGAUUUGGGG